AUGCCUUCUGUAUUGGGAAAACGAACGAGGAGUACAACGACAAUAGCAGAUUUCAAAGUCCGAUCAACACGCGCGAAACGUCAAACGGGAACAGAAAUAUACAAUGAUGAGAAUGAAAGUCCCUUCGUCACCCGCAAGAGGCGCGAUGAGGUCGAAGACUUCGAUGCCGAUUCUAUGGAAAUUGAUGAAUUAUCGGAAAAUAUACCAGUCAAGCCCUCGCCCUCGAAACAUGGACUUGCAGGGAGAAGAAUCGCAUUACCAAGAACAGUAACGGAAGAAUCAUCGAAGACGGCCCAACCUCCUACUCCUCAAACACCUCGACAUCGGGAUGCGCUCUCUAAAAAAGUACAGAUAACUCCUCGACAUCGUGUCACUGUCACUGGCAAGCCAAUGACCCCUAGAACUCCUCGGACUCCUGUAACACCUGGUGGAUCCAUUGCGACAGUAUAUAGCCAAGCUCGCCAAAUCUUUACACGCAGUGCGGAACCCGGACAACUUGUUGGUAGAGAAGCUGAAAAGGACGAAUUGAAAACUUUUGUACAAAAUUGUGUUGAUAAAACAAAUGGAGGAUGUAUAUACGUUAGUGGUCCACCUGGGACUGGAAAGAGUGCUAUGAUCAACGAAGUUACGACGGAGUAUGAAGAAUCUAGCACAUUACACAAGACGUAUGUCAAUUGUAUGAGUAUGAAAACGUCGAAGGAUUUAUAUGGUAUAUUGUUGGAGUCUUACUGCGGCGAGGAGGAAGUUCUGGAGGGUGAUGAAGAGAAGACUUUGCAGAAUAUGUUUGUUUCGAGGAAAAGGACUAAGGAUGUUUACCUCAUUACCCUGGAUGAAAUUGACCACAUCCUUACUUUGGACCUGGAAAUUUUAUACAAGCUGUUCGAGUGGUCGUUACAAAAGUCAUCGCGCCUCAUUCUUAUCGGUAUUGCAAAUGCAUUAGACCUUACAGAUCGUUUCCUACCAAGACUUAAGGCCCGAAACCUACAACCGCAACUAUUACCGUUUCUUCCAUAUACAGCAUUACAGAUCAAAAAUGUCAUCAUGACACGUCUUAAGUCACUUAUUCCCGCCGAUAGCGCGACUCCAACUUUUGUUCCAUUCCUCCACCCGGCGGCCAUUGAACUCUGCUCUAGAAAAGUGGCAAGUCAAACAGGAGAUUUACGCAAAGCCUUCGAUAUCUGUCGAAGAGCAAUUGAUUUAAUCGAGACAGAAACUAAGCAGAAGCACGAGCAAGAACUAAAAGAACAAGUUCUACUCGAUAGCCCUUCCAAACGAAUCCUGGAAGACAACAUCAAUCUCUCUUCCAUUCCAAAUACUCCCAGCAAAAAUACCCUGCGUCCAAGAACCUUAGCCCAAUCUCUGGCAACCCUCACCGUCGAGACUGCUCCCCGCGCAAGUAUUUCUCACGUCAACAAAAUCACAGCCUCCACAUUCGGCAAUGGAUCCACCCAACGUUUGAAGACACUCAAUCUCCAACAAAAAGCCGCACUUUGCGCCCUCCUCGCCCUCGAAUCCCGAAAUCGUUCCCAAUCCUCCAAUCUCCUCGCAACACCCUCAAAAUCUCACAAUCUAGCCCCAACAAUCAAACAAUUGUAUAACACAUACAGUAUGCUCUGUACCCGCGAUGCGAUCCUCCAUCCAUUAACUAGCACGGAAUUUAGAGAUGUGGUGGGAAGUUUAGAGACUUUAUCACUAGUGGCGGCAGUUGAUGGAAAAAAUGGAUCAUUUGUCUUAAACGGAGUCAGAACAAAAGGUAGACCCGGAAGAAAGGUUUUCGGAACGGGUGUGGGGGUGGGUGAUGAGAAGAGAGUCGCUAGUUGUGUGGGUCAGAAGGAAGUUGCGGCUGCAGUAGAGGGAUUGGGAGCAGGGAUUUUGAAGAGUAUUUUGAAUGGUGAGGGGUUGGGUUAA